AUGUUAACUUACAUAGACGUGCAUCUUAUAUAUACCCUGCCAGUCAUCGCAGUGUUAGCGUCGAUAACAUGGCCGUUUAUAAGUCGCUUAGAACUGUUCAAAAUUGCAUUCGUCUGUACGAUGGCGUUUGUUUAUACGACACCGUGGGACAACUAUAUAAUCUUCCACAACGCCUGGAUGUACAAACCCAAAAACAUUUUAGCUGUUAUAGGAUAUGUGCCCGUUGAAGAGUACAUGUUUUUCGUUAUACAAACUGUUAUGACAUCACUGUGGGCAUUGGUUUGCACAAGAUGGUCUCCGGCUUGUUUCAAUUUCAAUUUCAAUAAGACAAGCUACAUACUGAUCCGUUGGAUACCGAUAUUAGUUUUAGCGCUGACGGCAAUUCAAGGCUACAACAUAGCCGUACCGGGCAAAGACACGUUCUAUUUGGGUUGCAUCCUUUGGUGGUCGUGCCCUGUCAUAAUAUUCUUAUGGUACGGUGCCGGUAAUUACUUCGUCAAAAAGUCAACGUCGACAGCGAUCGCGAUUAUAGUUCCGACUUUGUACCUGUGCUGGGUCGACCGCAUAGCACUCAAAGACGACGUAUGGCACAUUAACGAAAAAACCUCGUUGAACAUAUUCGUCGCCGAUGAUUUGCCGUUCGAAGAAUGCUUGUUCUUUCUAAUCACCAACGUGAUAAUCGUCCUGGGCAGCAUGGCUUUUGACAAGUCCUACGGGCUUGCGGACACGUACACGUUCGACUAUCCACUCCGUUACGGUACAAGUUGGAAAUACAAUAAUCAGCAAAUGCGAGCUUUUGUGACGGCCGAAUGCGACAUGUCUCCAAGCCCAGUCAAUGACAUCAGACAUUGUUUAAACGUACUCAAAAUAGCUUCUAAAUCGUUCAACGUGGCCAGUCUCGUUUUUCCAGCAGGAGUACGUUUGCAUUUGAUCAUAUUAUAUGCAUUUUGUCGGGUAACAGAUGACAUGAUCGAUAGCGAGCCGAAUGUUGGGGUGAAAAAGCAGAAACUGAUGCUGAUUGAAAGGUUCAUCGAUGAAAUUUUUGCGGAUAGAAGUGCGGACUACGAUGUGAAGACGUCAACAUCGCGGAAACCAGAAGUAGACUGGCAACGGUACCGCCAAGAACUAACCGACGAGGAGCUGUCGUGCUUUCGGGCCAUAUCACGGAUAUCGUUUUAUCUACCCCGAAAACCGUUUUAUGAGCUGAUCGACGGCUACCGAUGGGACGUGAAUGGUAAAAUGGUUCAAAACGAAACCGACCUGCUGUUGUACUCCAGCUACGUAGCCGGCAGUGUGGGGACGCUGUGUGUGUACGUGAUGAUGUACAAGUGUGGUGUAAAUAUCGACGACGACGCAAGGCAUGAUUUCGUUAUCAAAAAAGCACAACAGAUGGGACAGGUGCUGCAGAUCGUCAACAUCUCCCGGGACAUCGUUACCGACAGCGAGACGCUGGGCCGAUGCUACGUGCCCGCCGAGUACAUGGACGACGCGGCCGCGGACGUGAACACCCUGUGCACCGACAGGAACCCGUGGACGCUCGGUUCCGAGAAGCUGAAAACGUACGCCACGCGCAUGAUCAGCCUGGCCAACCAAUACCAGCUGGAGUCGCUGGAGGGCAUCCGGUACCUGCCGUACGAGGUGCGCGGCCCCGUGCUGGUGGCCACCGACAUUUACCGUGGCGUGGCGUGCGCGGUGGAGGCCAGCCCGACGUACCCGCGGAGGGCGUCGCUGGACAAGUGGGACAAGAUCCUCAUCGGCGUCAAUUCGCUGUACGUCAAGAGUCUCAAAUACUUUUUCCAAGCCGACCGCUGCAAACAAUGUUGACGUGAUGUCGACGGGCCACCGCGAAAAUUGCAUUACCACGGCGGCGGCCUUGGAAUGAGCGUGCUGCACUCGUGAUGCAUUAUUCCCUCAGUCCGCUGGAACACGUGUUAACCACGGUUUCAGAAUAAUAUGUAUGCUAACAUUUUUAUUUCUUUUAACAUUUAUUUGCGGUGGAUUUAAAAAAAAAAACAAAAAAAAUCCACUUCCAUUACGUUUAGUUAUUAGGUAUUCUUUAUUGUCCUAUUCGUUAUAACUGGGACCAAAUAUUACACUUUUAUAAGAUGUUUAAUAACGUAUAAUGGCAGACAACAGAUGUCGAACGAAUAGUGUUUACAUAUACAUAACCAUUUAAAACUUAGAUGAGUUUAAAUAAUAUGACAAAGGGCGGUACUUAGAGAGUGUUAUAGUGCCCUAUUCUGCAACUUGUCAAAAUUGUAAAAUGUGCUUAAUUAUAAAAUGAAAAAAAAUACUAGUUUACAAUAUUCAUUAUUUAUACAUUAAGUGGUUUUUUAAAUGAACAGAUCUGUUCGCAACUAAAAAUUUAAUAAAUCAUUAAGAUAUAAAAUAGUAAUAUAUAAGAUGAUUUUUUUUGUUCUAACCGCAAAGUUAUAUAUACAAAUGAAUACAGUUAAAUAACAUUAUCUCAAAAGAUGACUUGAAAAGUGAGUGUAUACCACUGUUCAAUGGAUUACAUGUGUACGUAGCAUUAAUGCAUUAUAAACCGAUAAAUUCAUUCGUUAUAAUUUAUCUGGAUAUGAUAAUUUAUAUCAAAAUCUAUGACAUUAUAUUAUAUAUUAUACUUUAUAUUUUACACGAAUAUUCAUAAUAUACAGACCAAACCUACUUAAACUAUAAGAAUAGUUAUAAACACCGUUAGAAAUGUAUUUACAUGCUAUUAUAUAAUAAUAUAGUAACUAUAAAGUACAUAAAUAUUUGUAAUUUUGCAAUAUGACGUGCUUAAUAUACAUAUAUUAUAAUAUGCUUAAAUAAGAAAUGAUAAUAAUUCAAGUUCAUUACAAUAAUACAACUUCUGCAUGUAUGUUAUAUUUUAUACUUAUGUAUAUAUUAUUUAUUAUAUUUUAUUAUGUACUUACACAAGAGAAAACACAUUUCCAGUCUUAGGUUUAAUAUAAUGUGUACAAUGUAUCUAUACACCGCAAUUACUUUUAUAAUUUUUUUUUUUACUCGAUGUAAUUUUUAUAUUACUGUAACUGUCUUGUUUCUCUUGCGACUAUUGUAAUAUAUCAUUUAUUAUGUGCUA